CUCUGCCGAGGAGGGUGGCAGCAGCUGGCCCUGCCGCCUGCCUCCCACUGAGUUUCUCCUGCUCAUCCUACGGGAGCAGAGGACAGCGAGUCCCGCAGCCUGCAGGUGUCUCCCAGCGGAGGAGGCUGCGGAGCCCCUUGGGAUCAUGUGUGGUACCCGAGCAGAUGUUCACUUGCUCUUGGUGCUCUGUGUGAGACAGACCCUCUCUGAUCCCGUCAGCGCACUGAAGCACACCGACUACGAGAGGAUGGCCGCACUCCCGCGCCUGCAGCUGCUCCUUUAACGGACAAAGGCAGGAUUUCAAGUGAAGAGAAGAAUGGGAGUCUGGCUGCAGCUUUUCCUUCCCUGCUACAACAACAGAUUGGAAGAAGCUGAGAGUUUUGAUGCCUGGAAAACUGGAUUCUGAAUCGUGAAAGGCUUUCAACUCGCCCCCCCCCCUCCCAAAUAAAACAACCCCCUUUGACUUCUUCUCUCAGCAGGAGGGGGAGGGAGGGCGGAUUUACCAUGAAGACAAAUCGAAGAUGCAGAGCCCUGCUAGCAGUGAGUCUGAAUCUGAUGGCUCUCCUCUUCUCUACAACAGCUUUUAUCACGACCCACUGGUGUGAGGGCACACAGAGGGUCCCCAAGCCGAGCUGUGGGAAAGAGAAGAAGACAAACUGCCUCAACUACAGCGGGAAUGAGACUGCAAAUGAGACAAACCAGAAUGUGGUUCAUUACAGCUGGGAGACGGGAGAUGACCGCUUCCUUUUCAGGUAUUUCCACACUGGGAUCUGGUACUCCUGUGAGGAAAAUAUCAAUGCUGCUGGUGAAAAAUGUCGAAGUUUUAUUGACCUUGCCCCGGCUUCUGAAAAAGGUGUCCUGUGGCUGUCGGUGGUAUCCGAGGUGUUGUACAUCAUGCUGUUAGUCGUUGGAUUCAGCCUUAUGUGCCUCGAGCUCUUUCAUUCAAGCAGUGUGAUAGAUGGGCUCAAGUUAAAUGCCUUUGCUGCUGUCUUCACUGUCCUUUCAGGUCUCUUGGGGAUGGUGGCACACAUGAUGUAUACUCAAGUUUUCCAAGUGACAGUCAGCCUUGGGCCAGAGGACUGGCGACCACAUUCGUGGGACUAUGGAUGGUCCUUCUGGGCUUCACAACACCCAGCUCUAAAUGUCACUAGCACGCAGAGGAACAGGAGUGACCAUAAUGCUCAGAAAAUACCCCCAUUCGCUACGUCAAGCUCUUCCAGUGACAUAUCAAGCAGCUCUUCACUUUCAUCAGAACCGACCAGCCAGAUCUCCAUGGUUCAGGAUCAAACCCUGCUGGACAUUGCCUCCAUCGCUAGAUUGGCCCCGGGAGAAUCACCAAACCCUCAACCAUUUGAGCAAAGAGAGGAAAUUUUAGCAAUAUCGUGUUCCAGCCCACUGGGAGCAAGGACUAUUCCAGCACCUCGCCCAGCCAGCCCCAGGCUCAGUCUAACCCCCAGCUCAGCCAAGCCACAGCAAUACUCUGACUCCUCACCGCUCAGUCCAGGGAUCAACGCAACCUCCUCCUACACCUUCUGUCCUCACACAGCACAGAGCGUACGAGCUUCAGCAUCGGAUCACACACCGACCCCAACCAGGACAAGCACAAGGCCUCCAGCAACAACGACUCCUGAAGACAGUUCCCAGUCUCCUGGCUAUUCUAAAACUGGAUUAAAGAAUACAGGAAAGGGUUUUGAAUCAGAUCUGGAAGAUCCUGAUCAUGAACGGAGAUUUGUAACCACGAAGGAAUUCCAAGCCAUGGAGAAAGAACUUGAGGAUGUAAAAGAAGAACUGAAAUGCUUGAAGUGGAAAGUGAGACACAUUGGUGAGACUGUGCAGCCCCUGGCUGAAGACAGCAAGCGUUACAACGGCUACACCCUGACGGAGCUCAAGGCCAUGGUGCAGUCUGAAGAUGACCCUUACAAGGCUGCACACAAGAUCCUAACCGCGCUCUUCAGCGACGUCUGCUUGCUACAGCACUCAGUCACUGACCAGGCCUGCAACUCCCGGUCUCUGCCCAAGCCCAAACUGGACCCAGAGCUGUACACGGUGUACUGUGACAUUCUGAAAAGCAUAUUCCCUGGAAUUAGCAGCCAGACCUUGAGGGAAGAGACACAACACGUGCAGAAAAGCAGCCAGAAAGAAGUGCAAUAACACCAGAGCCCACAAGAUGUUCUGCAAAGUGACAAGUCUCUAAUGAUUUUAGAGGGCUGAACUGUAGUAGGUACCGUUGGUUGAGUCUAUCCCUUUUAGGUGUGAAUCAUCCGUAAAGGUAUUGGUGAGCUCUGAGCCCUUCAUGCCACUUGCCCAAUGAAAUGGGGUGGGAAGGCAUUCUGCAUAAUUCCCACUUUUUAGAAAAAAAUUGCCCCCUUGGUGUUCUCUUUCAAUGUAUGGACAUUUCCUUGUUUCCAGCAACUACAAAGGCUGACAAAAGAAUCCAGAGAAGGCACCGUAUGUCUAAGCAAGGGCCUUCUCCCAGCCCCAAACAGACCAACCAACCAGCAUCUGGGUAGUUUCUAUUUUCUAGAGUAUAUCAUUCAUUAAAUAACAUUACUUGUUAGAAAA